GUCAGCUGAUUGACAUGAUCAAAUUUCGAGUACUGUUGUUCGGUCUUUAAACUGUGCCUUGAACCCUCAAACACUCGCGAAAGUUGAUUAAAGUAGGAGUUUAAAAUCUUUCCCUGAGGUGAAGUGGUGAUGGAGGCAGACACACUUGAGAAAAAGCUACUCCUCUACGCUAAAGAAGGCAAUUGUUCUCAUAUUCAGAGCUUCCUUCAGUCGAGGAUCAACCAAAGCAGCUCUCUGAACAUCAACUGCAGAUCCAGAUCUAAAGCCAGUUUAGGAUGGACCCCCCUUCACCUGGCCUGCUACUCUGGACACAGGGAUGCUGUGGAGGAGCUGCUUAAGGCAGGUGCUGAUGCUAAUUUGCAGAAUGACAUGGGCGACACACCUCUACACAAAGCAGCCUUUGCUGGGAGAAAGGAGAUUGUCCUCUUGCUGCUGCGGUAUGAUGCCUGUUCCAACAUAAUCAAUGGAACAGCUCAAAUCCCUAAAGAUGUCACAGAGGAUGAUGAAAUCAUUACAAUGCUGGAGGCUGCAGAGAGAAGAGAGAAAAGGCGGUGGGAGGAGAAGCUUCUGGAAGCAGCCAGAGAGGGGGACAUCUCCACUCUUUCUAAAAUGCUCAGUAGAGGCGAGUCUCCAGAUAUUCACUGCAGGGACUCUGUGGGGAAUACUCCCUUACACUGUGCAGCCUACAGGGGGCAGAAGCAGUGCAUUAUAAAGCUACUCAUGUCUGGAGCCAGCCCCAGUAUUAAAAACAACCAUGACCAGACUGCUUUAGACCUGACCCGCAGUGAUGAACUAAGACUGAUUCUAGCAGCCUAUCAAGUCAAGGAUGAGAGCAGUGGUGUGCAGAAGAUUGAAGGCCCUCUUUGGAAGAGUUCACGCUUUCUUGGAUGGCGAACCCACUGGGUGGUCAUUGAGAAUGGAACGCUCUCCUGGUACCCCAGAAAGGCUGAUGCGCUGGCUGGUGUCAGAAAACAAGGGUGUAAGUCUCUAACAAAAGCCUACUGCAUGGUCAAACCAUGGGAUCAUUGCUUCUUCAUGCUUAGGUGCUUUGAUGACACAGUACAUUAUUUUAAGGUCUCCUCAAAGACAGAUUCAGUGGCAACAAGAAAAAGAUGGUUGGAUGCGUUUGAGGCACAUUCAUAUCACAGCACUCACCACUGCACCCAAGAAGAAAUGAUCAACAAUUCAAAUGUCUAUGCUGAAGAGACAGUAAGAAAUCUGUCACAAGCCCUUCAGGCAGCCAACGCUUCCCAGCAGAAAUUGGAGAGUGAAGUGUCAAUAUUUCUAUCAAUGGUGAAGAAUGAGGAGAACAGUGCACUCCCUGCCCCACUUCUACUGAAAUCCAAAGAGAUCAGUGAGCUCUCCAAUGAAACCUGUGCUGCUCUCCAUCUGUGCCUUGAACUGCUCUCAAAACAGGAGGAGGUGUGGAGCCUGCAGUUGGAGCAAGAGGAGGAGAAGAACAAAGCUCUGACUGAGGCUCUGGAGACCUUAUCAACCGAGCACUACGACUUCAAGCAAUCCUUGAGUAAGAGCAGGAGGUCAUCCACCCUCAGUACCCUCACGGAAGAUGACUUCUAUGACGCUGUGUCAGAGUCGGAGUCGGAGCUCUCGGUGAGCGGCUUCCUGUCUGUGGCCAGUCCCUCCUGUGAAGAGGACGAGGGCAGAGACGCCCCUCUUCUCAGCAGUCGCCGCCGUCCCAGCGCACUGAGGGGGCCUACCGGAAUGUCAGGGGAGGGUAACCAUGGCAACCAACCCGCCCAACAGAACGGAGUGGAGAAGCAAAGGACAUCACUACCGGCUCCCAUGUUCUCCAGGAAUGACGUCAGUAUCUGGAGUAUCCUGAAAAAAUGCAUUGGCAUGGAGUUGUCAAAGAUUGCCAUGCCUGUGAUAUUUAAUGAGCCUCUGAGUUUCCUGCAGCGAUUAUCAGAAUACAUGGAGCACACCUACCUCAUCCACCAGGCCAACACAGCAACAGACUCCGUUGAGAGGAUGAAGUGUGUUGCAGCAUUUGCUGUGUCAGCAGUAGCGUCGCAGUGGGAGAGGACUGGGAAACCCUUCAACCCCCUGCUGGGGGAGACCUAUGAGCUCAUCAGAGACGAUUUGGGCUUCAGGUGGGUGUCGGAGCAGGUUAGCCACCACCCUCCAGUCAGUGCCUUUCAUGCUGAAGGCCUCAAAGAGGAUUUUGUCUUCCAUGGCUCUAUCUACCCCAAACUCAAGUUUUGGGGUAAAAGUAUAGAAGCUGAGCCGAAAGGACUCAUCACCCUGGAGCUGCCCAAAUAUAAUGAGAGCUACACCUGGACAAACCCCACCUGUUGUGUCCACAACAUCAUUGUUGGUCAGCUUUGGAUUGAGCAGUAUGGCAGCGUGGAAGUGAUAAAUCACAAGACUGGAGAGAGAUGCAGCAUGAUGUUCAAACCCUGUGGCCUCUUUGGGAAAGAGCUACAUAAAGUGGAGGGAUUCAUCCUGGAUAAAAGCAAAAAGAAGCUCUGUGCAAUAUAUGGCAAAUGGACUGAUUGCCUUUAUACAGUAGACCCCACUUCCUUUGAUGCCUACAAGAAGAGUGACAAAAAAAAUCUGGAUGAAAAGAAGGGGAAUAAACAGAGCAGUGUGGACGAAGAGCCGGAGGAGGUUCCCCCACCUGAUGCUGAGGCAGUGACGGUGAUCCCAGGCAGCGAGCUCAUCUGGAAGAUAACGCCACGCCCAGACAACUCCGCCAAGUUCUAUGCAUUCUCUUCCUUCGCCAUGCACCUAAAUGAGCUGGAGAAGAGCAUGGAGGAAGUUAUUCCCCACACAGAUAGUCGAUUCAGACCUGACAUAUGCGCCAUGGAGAAUGGAGAUAUAGAUUUGGCAAGUGCAGAGAAGAAGAGAGUUGAGGAAAAACAGAGAAUGGCCCGGAAAAAUCGCACCAAAUCCACAGAUGAAUGGAAAAACAGGUGGUUUCAUCAAGGACCCAACCCUCACACCAAAGCUCAGGACUGGCUCUACUCGAAAGGCUACUGGGAGAGAAACUACACUAAUCUGCCUGACAUCUACUAAUAUGAAUACACACAAAUAGCAUACAAAUGGAUGUCUCCUUUUAACAUCUUUUGAAUUGUAUCCGCUGAACUGGGGUUCGUGCAAGGGCUCCUUAUGAGAUGCAACUAUAGAGUGGUGCAGGAAUGAAUCCUUGAAUCCGGAAAUGAGUUAGCAUCUUUCACCUCCAGGUCCUCUGUGACAAAGUCAAUAUGUUUUUUUGUAAUAUGCUUUUGAUGGUUAAAUGACUGGGGUUGGUGAUUUACACUAGCUUAAGAUAUUGUUCUGUUCUGUUGCUCAACAUGAGUACUACACUUGUGAAUUUGGAAGCUUUUACCUGUCUUUAAAUAGGCGGUUGCUAACAAGUGGCUAAAUUAAACUACUAAGCAGUAUCACGCCAAACACUGUUCUGCCUUUAUUGUAGUGGUUGUGACCUCAGCUAUGCAACUGUGUAGUUGUUUAUAGCCUAACGUUAGCUAUGGUCUCCUGGCGGUUGAAUUUAUGCCUCAAAAAUAGAUGUGGCUUUAAUUUGUGCCACUGAGAUAUUUAAGAGUAUAAUCCAAAACCUGAUAGAAAAAUCUUAUUGACUUCUUAUUAUGGGAACCAAUCGAUGCUAACUUCCAGGUCGGCCUGCAAAAAAGCGUCGUCCCUGCACCACCUAAUAUCAUGGAGUUCAUACUGAACACAAGGUAGGGUUAAACAAAUAUGGUUGAUAAAAAUGUGAACAAUGAAGCACAAAAGCGUUUCUUAUUUGUUGUGGUUCUUGUCCACUUCAGUAUGGUAUAGGCAUGUGUUGGAAAAACUAGAAUGUAUUUUAGAAAUAUUUAUUUAUAUGUUAAGAUAGAUGGAGUGUUUAAACUGCAACCUUAGUUUUGUUGUUUGUAGUUUGUGCCUAAUUCCUGCUAGGUGUGGAAAAAUGUUCCUUCAGUGCAGAGACACACGAUGCAGCAAACCAACUCAUUGGCUACAGUGGAGUGCAUGAUGCAUCUUGAGCACACUGAUAAGACGUUUAUUUAACUUGGACACUGAUUCUACUUGUGCAUGCAUACUAUAAUGCAAUGAGGUCUGCAAAUAGGCCAUUUGGUAACAUUCCCUAUGUUUUCAAUUUGUAGCUAAAUUAAUGGUGCAUGUAAUUUGACUAAUUCAACAGAUUGUUUUCAGUCUCCUGCAAUCAAUUGUGCAUCUCUGUUUAACUGUUUCCCUGCAUCCUGUGAGUGAAAUGUCACCACAUCCAACAAGAAUCGUAGCCGCUACCACAACAACAAAGCUUUUUUCAUAAUAAAUAUUUAAAAUAUAAUAACAUUAAGUCCUUAAAUAUGUACUUUAUAGAUGUGUAUAGAGACUAAAAGCGUUGCACAUAACGUCUACCUGACUCUGGACACAGUAGCACUUUUUCUAACAAGACUAAAGCAGGGACUCUGGCUCUGCACUUAUAAAAUGUGUCUGUGUUUGUUUAAGUCUUGCCAUAGUGGAUUAUAUUUAGCUAUAUAUCUAUUUAAAAUGCAACUAUGACAAUGAACGCAUGUGCAUCACUAUAACUAUGCAAGCCUUUCCCUCACAAUCAAGCACUGAAUAUUCCCUUUCUAAUGUUGUGGAUAGCUGCUGUAGGUUCUAGGUGUUUUUCUGUUAUUGCUCUUUUGGGUAUCAGAACAGAGUUUCUAUUGUUGCUAAAUAAAAGCUUAAUGUUGAUUGAA